AUGAAUCAAUUGGACCGGAGUAACAAGGUGGAGUCCAUAUCUGAAAAGGUAACUUAUGGAAACCAUGUCGAACCCUUUGUCGACACGGACAUUGACGUCCGCAGUGUCGAUGAUGAGGAGGAGGAGGAGGAGGACGUGCAGUCACCCGAGAAGAAAGAUUCGGGAGAUGACUUAGAUACGUUGUCGACCAUAGAGGAGGGUUCUAAGCUCUUGUUGAAUGACUUUCUUGGAAUCACAACUUUACAUGGGAUCAAAUAUGUCUACAAUAAGAAAUACAGCGUUAUCCGCAGAUUAUCUUGGGUGUGCGCCAUGCUUGUGUCAUACGUCAUUUUAAUUAUGACGUGCAGAGAACUCGUGGAUAGGUUCAACGCUAGUUUGACAAAAGAGGAAUUUUCAACGAUACGAAAAUCUUCUAUCGCCUUUCCCGCCGUCACCAUCUGCAACUCAAACCUCGUAAAGGCAUCGCUCAUCGAAAAUCCGACCUCUAGAGCCAUCGUUCAAGUCCUCGUUGACGGAUCGACUGAGCGCGGCUGGGACGCUUUCGGGAUAAACGCAACUGAUGACGCUUUCGAAACGCGAGUGGAUGAGAUUUUGCUGGCCUACGCGCACCAAGCGUCCGACAUGAUUUUAGAGUGCGCGUGGAAGAGGGGAUCGAAGGCGUGCGGAGCAGCGAAUUUCACCAGGAAGAUCACCGACGCUGGGGUUUGUUACACGUUCAACGAUGGCGAGUUUGAGAGCGACGAUGACGUCGAAGGCGACAUUAGACUUGAAAUAAACCGAAGUGGAACGCGGCAAAGCCUUUGGGUCCGUCUUAAUGCCGAGGUUGAUGAAUACGUGUCAGCCUUGUCUUCGGAAGGGAUUGGAUUUAAGCUUCUUGUCCAUCAUCGAGGCGACGUACCACUGGUCUCUGAUAUCGGGGUCGCCAUAAUGCCAGGUGUUCGAACCCUUAUUGCCAUCAAAAAGCACACGGUCCAUCUCCUGUGUGUACUGUUAGACAAAUCAUUGACUGUGGGCUACAUGACUUCGAAGUGGAGGGCAUGUUAUACAGAGCAUUUCCAGAUGACCAUGAGCUAUUUGAAAGCACCAGGAAAGGACGACUCACAACGGCUGCAGAAUCAGUUUAACUGGACUAGAGAUGAUGUUACGAGCAACAUCGCAGAGGUCGAGAUUUACUUUGCCGAUAUGAACGAGCAUCAUACCAAGAGCGUGGCUGCCUACAAUUUAUCCGAUUUGUGGGCGCUAUAUGUGACUAUUAUUUAUUGUCUCUCACUUUACCUAGGUGAUCUUGGAGGACUCAUCGGUGUUCAUCUCGGAGCCAGUCUCCUCACAGUCUUCGAGUUCGUUGAUUACACCUUCGUCGAGCAGGCCCACAAGAUCCUGUACAUUCGCUUCUACUGGAGGAAACUCAAGUCAUUUUGUAGCCGGGAUAAAAAAGAAAAGGAGACUAGCACUUGA